AGCGUAAUAGGCCGUGUUGAGUCAUACUCCAGUGCUGCACGCAUACGUAUAUGCGCCUCAUCUUUUGCCGCAAAAGCAUUUCAUCGUGAAGCAGUUCAGCAAUGGAGAAGAAGACGUCCACCAACGGAAGGCUGCUGCCGGAGAAAUUACAUAAGUGUAGAAGCGAGAUUCGUCAGUAACGGUCAGACCAGCGCGUGUGCCAUUUGCUAUGAUUGUUCGGUGUUCGGUAGUGCAUGGUGCAUGGUGGAACCAUUUUUCCUAGUGAUGAUGAGAACUACUUCCGAUUGUUGCUAGACGUUGUCAGACAGUCCUGCUUUAAGCCGCGGAAAUAAGUGCGUAGGCGUGUGGUUGUGGUGUGCCAUUCAAGUGAUUAUGUUUGCAACUGCAUCGAAGCUUUGCUGAAAUAGCAACAAGCGUCGAAAGCAAUCGCUGUCUGUAUCGAAUGUGUAUUUCUAGCUAAUGGUCAGAAACAUCGAUUGCUAACCAUCCAACCACAGCACCCGGACACUGCCAUAAAGCCGUACUCCGUAUCAACAUUCCAAGGGAGCCAUUUUUUCUGGUGAAGGAGUACUGACAAACCACCCGGAGGACACACGAUGGAUCGGUUAGGAAUGCUGUCAUCCACGUUCGGUCCGUACCCGAACAAACAUUCUAGUCAAUUCCGCAACCCGUUCGGUGGCCGACCAUGGAUGGAGCAGCACGGUGCCGCUGCCGCUGCCCCCGGUGCCAAAGGGCUAAAGGGCAUCGUGGCCGGCGGCAUUACCGGUGGUAUCGAAAUUUGCAUCACCUUUCCGACCGAGUACGUGAAAACGCAGCUGCAGCUGGACGAGAAGGGUGCCACCAAGCAGUACAACGGCAUUAUGGACUGCGUGAAGAAGACGGUCAAGACGAACGGUGUGCUGGGGCUGUACCGGGGGCUAAGCGUGCUGCUGUACGGUUCCAUCCCGAAGUCAGCUGUCCGGUUUGGAGCAUUCGAAAGCCUCAAGGGACGGCUGAUGGAUACGAACGGUCAGCUGAGCACGUCCGGUAAGCUGCUGGCCGGUUUGGGAGCAGGCGUUGCCGAAGCGAUUCUUGCCGUUACGCCGAUGGAAACGGUGAAAGUGAAGUUUAUCAACGAUCAGCGCAGUGCGACUCCCAAGUACAAGGGUUUCUUCCACGGUGUCGGCAUGAUCGUGCGCCAGGAGGGUCUGUCCGGUGUGUACAAGGGCCUGACCGCGACCAUUCUAAAGCAGGGCUCGAAUCAAGCGAUCCGUUUCUACGUGAUGGAAACGCUGAAGGAUAUGUACAAGGGCGACGAUCCGUCCAAACCGGUACCGAAGAUGGUGGUCGGUGCGUUCGGUGCGGUGGCCGGCGCUGCAUCCGUCUUUGGCAACACACCGAUCGAUGUGGUGAAGACGCGCAUGCAAGGGCUCGAGGCGGCCAAGUACAAGAACACCGCCGACUGUGCGCUGCAGAUCUGGAAGAACGAGGGCCCGAUGGCGUUCUACAAGGGUACGGUACCGCGACUGAGCCGGGUCUGUCUGGACGUGGCGAUUACGUUCAUGAUUUACGACUCCUUCAUGGAUCUGUUCAACAAGUUCUGGCGUUAGGUCCAGCAGAGUGUUUUGGUCAAGCGUAACGGUGUUUGGAAUGUACAUUCGACAUGAAGAAUUCUCUGAGGGUGGGGUAAGAUAGGAAGGAUAGGGGGACAGAAGCGGAAAGGAAAGCACGCGUCGGGCAGCAAAUCGACAUUCCGGAGUACAUUCAGGGAUUUUAGGUUACUAGCGUAGGACUUUAGUCGAUGGGUACUUAGUGUGUGGGUGUGUUUUCCCCCAACUCGUGCCCCCUACUAGGGCAACGUGUUGACGAUGUUGACGAUGUACGGCACGAACUAGGCUUUAAAGCGGAACUACUAAUGCACAAUGCAGGUUGUUAGGCGCACCACUGUUAAACUACACUGUUAGAAGUCGUCGUCCGCCACGUGUCCGCAAUCACGUCCCCAAUCACCACACAACGAGUUGAGGAGGAGGCAGUCCACAGACGAGCCAAAACCCCCAUCGAACCGCAAUAACGUCCCUUUGCUGUUGUGGGAAUCACCAUGGGAACGAACUCCUGUAAGGAGCUAUAAUCACUAAACGAACGCAAGUAGGCGGCAAUUACUGUAAAACAGCCAUUUUCCGCGCCCACACACACAUACACACACCCGCACUCUAACAAACGUUCAACUGUAUGAGUGUUUGUGUGUGUGUGUUUUAUUAGGUUUUCGAGCAAAAGCAAAGUACUUUUAAACUGUUUUAGGCUUAAUGAUGCAUUCCGCGCUCGCUUGUUUGUUCUCCUGUGUCUCAUACAAGUCACCCCCAUACGCGCACACACACAUUCAUGUGUAAAGAGUGACACUAUUUGACACUUUGAUUUUUUAUGUUUUCAUCCAUUUUUCAUGUAUGUUGUAGGCUUGUUGGCUUUUUGACUAAAAUGUGUGUGUGUGCUGCUGAAGUGGAAACAAAGCAAAAACGAUACAUUUCCUGACUCGUAUUUAUAUACACCUAUACAUAUAUAAAUAUACAAAUAUCUAUAUACAAGUGUCGUACUCUGUAACCUUAGGGAGUGUGUUUCGGCUUUUUGUUUAAAAUUUUUUAGAGGCCAGCCUGUUUGUAUACUGUCAAAGAUUUGCAGGAAUAAAAUUAAGAUCAGAAAACA